AUGCAGCAUUCGGCGCUGGGCGCUAGAGCGAUGGCGUCUUUUCCGCCUCUAGGUGACCAGUCCACUGCAUCAAAGAGUACUAGAUCCAAUUAUAACGGACAAGAGACUCCAAACCGGAGACGUAACCCACUGGCAUGCGAGACCUGUUACAAGAAAAAGAUCAAAUGCAUAGUCGAGGGCAACAACACGUCCUGUAUCCAAUGUAUGCGUCGUAACGUAACGUGCAAAUUCACUACGAGAAAAGAAAAGCAAGAGAAUCUGAAAAGAACGCACUACGUGAAGACCUUGGAGGAACGACUAAAGAAGACGGAGUCGUUGCUCAUAGCCGCGGGUCUCCUGGACGAAGAAGCUAUAGGCUACGACGACAUCAGCGAUGAUGACGACGACGAAGAACAGUCAGACGAAGAGAGUGACGUCGGCACUGAUCCGGACUACCCUAAUGAUAGUGGGCGCAGUCCGGAUGAGUUGACAGGAGAUGAAGGCACAAGACAUCCAGCUUAUAUACCAGGGGAUCGGGAUCCAAUGUCUAUAUCCUGCACAACGCCCGGUCCUGUCAAGCCAUUCUGCUCAUUAAAUCCAGCUGCCGCGCCCAAGAAAGGCAAAAAGCGUGCGCAUCCUUGCACUAACUCCCAGCAGUGCUGUCCGCCUAUCAGAGGGGACUCGAAGGAGGAUUCUCGAUACUACGGACGGAGCUCUUCCUUGUCAAUAUUAUCCCGCGAUGGCAUUGAGUGGAUCAAGAAUAAAACAGGCGGAGCCGCAGUUCUCGCUCCCAUCUUUUCCAACACGAAUCAUGAUAGUCCCUGGAACUACUGGCGCCCGGAUGUUUUCCACGACGUGUUUUCAUCCAAGGUUUUCAAACCGUUACCGCCCAGAGCAGAAGUGUUCUCCUUGUUAGGAGACUAUUUUCGCACCGUCAACCGCUUAUUUCCGUUGUAUCAUGAAGAAUCGUUCAUGCAGUUGGUCGAAUGGCAGUAUACGCAGCAAACGUGUGACGACGCAGCCCGGUGGGCCAGCAUCAAUAUCAUUCUCUCAUUGGCUUAUGAGUAUCGAUUCUCCAACAGCCAAAAGUCCGAAAAAGAUCGCGAAAAAGCUUGGCUGUACUACAAAAAUGCCAUGUCGGUGUUUGCCGAGUUGACCUUGCGACGAACCGACUUGCUGAGUGUGCAAGCCCUUCUGGGCAUGGCACUUUUUCUCCGCGGUAACUCUGGCACUCAGUCCGCUCUUCCGACGAUCACAGCUGCUCUCAGAUCGUGUCAAAGGAUGGGGCUCCACCGUGACCUUCCGAGACCUCAUUUGUCGGCGGUUGAGCAAGAGCAAAGAAAGAGGGUGUUUUGGAUUGCAUACAUUCUUGACCAAAGCUCUUGUAUACGUGUGGGCAGCGCACCGGCUCAACAUCCUGAUGAUUAUGACGUGGGAUUCCCUGCAGAAACCGCCGAAGACAGGUUCAUCUCGUUUAAUAAUUUGUCUUUCUUCCGCCAAUUAUGCCAUAUGACUGUGAUCAAGAGCCGGAUAUACUCCAAGCUUUACGCCGCUAAGGCGCUCCAUAACAAAUCUCCGACGGAGAUUUGCGAAAUGGUUCGUGAACUGCACGCCGAGCUGGAAGAAUGGAAGCGCGCAGACCCAUUCAUUCAACAGAACUUGAAACAACGUGGAUCAGGCGAUGAUUUUCUAAUGGGAUUCGCUUGUGCCGGUCUGCAAUUCGUCUAUUAUAAUUGCCUAAUCAUGAUCCAUCGUCUGCCUCUCGUCAUCCACUUCGCCUACAUGCACCGACUCGCAAGCGGAGGUCGAGUACAGCCAGAUUCCAUGAUCAUUUUGAGUCAGGCGUCUGCCUCGACCGUAAUUUGCGCCCAAGCUGCCCGAGACACAUUGAAGCUGGUGAACAACCUACCAUGGGGCGACGUGGCAUGGAUAUGGUCUCUACUAUACUACAUCUUCCUCGCAGUCAUGACGAUCUUCGUCAGCAUCCUUCGCGACCCCAAGAACCCCGACAACAAGGAAGACCUUAAAUCCUUGAACAUGGCCGCCACCUUUUUCGCAACGCUCAUUCCCGGCGACAGACCCUGCACCUACGCACGGUUCAUGACGCGAAUGUGCGCCAAUUUCGAUAGAAUCGCUCGCAUGGUACUUGACCGAGAACAGAGAACCGCUAAACCCGGCGAGAAAGAUCACUCGGGCCAGCGGUCGCUCCCGACAGGUGAAGUGUUUGACACCACAGCAGCAGAAUCGGACGAUGACGAGCAAUCCUCCAUGCCCUCUUCUCCCGCCGGUUAUCCACCCACAUCAACCGGCAUCAACAUCCCCAACCUCGAGGGUCUUCCACGCAUCAACUCUUCCGGUUACGUCGUCCCCGACAGUCUCAGCGACAUUCCAGACAACAACACCAGCACCAACACCCCACUCAAUACCUCUAUCCCUCCUCCACCCCAACAGCCCACGAACAACACCACCACCACCUCCUCCCUCGAAAAUAUCAGCAUGCUCCCCUUCUCCAUCAGCGACAACCUGGCCCCAGACCUCUGGCAAAUUCCCCUCACCGCCGACUGGGAACUCGGCAACCAAUUCUGGGGCGGCGUCUUCGGUCCUCCGGGCACAAGCGCCAGCGGACCUGGAGGCGUUCCCACCACAGGAUCUGGACCCGGGACUGGAGAUAUGCCUCACUCUCAACCACCGCCUCAAGUGCCCAUGAACAUGGGAUUCGGGUUUCCGGAUGGGGUAGGGGCUGGAGGGGGAGGAGCCUUACCGUACGGAGCACCAGCACAGCCGAUGUGGUCUUACGGGCCGUUCUUUGAUCCGUUCUAG